CUUACAUGGAAUUGGAUGACGCAACAUUACAAAGAUGAAUUUCAUACACAUAAUUUUAACACGGAGUUAAUCCAUCAAAUUCCUUUCAUUAGUGAUUCUCAUUGCAUAUAACUCAAAAUAACACGCAUUAUCUUUCUAUAUAAGGAAGAAAGUUAAGAAAAUUUUAACCCAAAUAGAUCAUCACAAUGUGUUUUCGGUUGGUCAUCUCUUUUAAAAAUCCUCAGACACUUAGGGUUAUGUGUUGUUUAAUUAUGCGUUGGAAAUACCAAACCCAAACAAUGUGUCUUAAAAAUGUACCAAUCAAAUUUAAUUAUCGGACUAUUUAUUGUCCAAUAAUGGAAUUUUAGUUAUUGAUCACAUGGCUUUAUUAUAUGUGUAUGAUCGGUAUAUAUAAAAACAUAUAACAAACAUUUGAAACAAUAUUUAUUAUUACUGCGCCGAUUUGAUUUGAUUUCGUAUGGAA